CAUAAAUCCUUUUCCUAACAGCCCAAGUGCCCAACUCCCGUUAGCCCCUUAGCGUUAGUCGGCUGCCGCUGCUGCGUACAAGCUUCAACGACGACAACGAGCAUCUCAGCGACACAGGCAGACAGCGACGGAGGACUGGCGGAGUGCUGCCGCUGCUGCGAGUCGGCGUGUGACCACGGAAGAAGACGAGAGGUAGACCACGGACCAACCCCUCGGCAGUUCGGCCCUUCGAUUUCCGUCUUAAUCUCCUAUUCUCCGGUGGGCGGUGCGACGGUGCUCCCAUCUCUAGACUCCAGUUGGUCUAGGUUGUUUGACAAACAAUUGCUAUGUUACGAUAUUAUACACCGAAAUCUAAACGGACGAGCAUUGGUGGUUCUUCAUCGAAUAAUUUAUACACCAAAAUUAAGGUACUCUUUAAUUAGUUGUUUUAUUUAAAUUUUAUAGUUUGGUUUAUUGUUAUAUUUGUGAUGUUUAUAAUUUAUUUGUUAAUGUGCCCCUGCAAGUUACGAUUUCUGGUUCCGCCGCUGUUAUAUAGCUGCAAUGUUGGCAGGCAGGAGGAAAAAUAGAUGUAGAUUCCAGACCGUGUUGCACCUUGCCUAUGUUUAGCAGCGAUUACUUGUCAAUAACCCACCGUCAUAUAUUCGAUUGCCCACCCCAGUAGUUCAAGUAAAUGCUCAUACUGGGAAAAUGUACGCGACCCGUUCGAUGAAAUGCUGAAGAGGACAAUAUCCGGAGAAAAUAACGCCGCUUCGAGUCAUCAUCAGAAGCGAACUCUAGUCAACGUGAAGUUGAAGUGGGUAAAAGAUAGCGUCUUGGACACCACAGUAGCUGGCCGGAGAGAGCUUAAGGCUGCCUCCAUUCUUCUUUCCGUCAUUGCUUCCGAACCGCAGCUUUGGCUUCCCAUUUACCAUCUCCCUCGCCAGCUUGGCCUCCCUCUUGACCUCAAGCUUUCUACAUUUCUUAGAAGAUACCCGAACAUCUUCGAGGAGUUUUACCGUCGGGAUUCUGGUGGAACUCCAGUUCCUUGCUACAGAUUAACUUCCGACGCUCUAGAGGUUCACCAAAAAGAAAUUGAGAUACGUAGGCUAUGUCAUAUGGAUAUAGUUAACCGGCUGAGGAAGCUUCUUAUGAUAACUAAGGAUAGAACGCUCCCUCUGCAAACCCUUGAUCAGCUGAAGUGGGAUAUGGGUUUGCCGAAUGAUUACAGGAAAUUGUUCACCAAUAAUGCUUCCGAAUUGUUUUCUUUUGUUCGCCUUUGUGAUGAUCGUGUGGGACUAAAGCUUUUACUCUGGGAUGAUAGCUUGGCAGUUUCCCAUUUGGAAAUGAAGAGUUUGAUGAAGGAUGGAACAUUGGGUUUUCCUAUCGGAUUCACAAGGGGAUUUGGUUUGAGAAGGAAGUUUAUGGAGUGGUUAGAGGAGUGGCAGAAGCUACCUUAUACUUCUCCUUUUGCAGAUGCCUCACAUUUGGAUCCCCGCACGGAUGUUUCAGAGAAGAGAAUUGUGGGAGUCUUUCAUGAGCUUUUGCACCUUACUUUGCAGAAGAUGACAGAGAGGAAAAAUGUGAGCAAUCUCCGUAAACCGUUGGGGUUGCCCCAGAAAUUCACCAAAGUGUUUGAGAGGCAUCCAGGAAUUUUUUACAUUUCCAAAAAGGGUGACACACAAACUGUUGUCCUUCGAGAAGCGUAUGAUCGCAGCCAACUCAUUGAGAAGCACCCCCUUGUCGAUUUAAGGGAGAAGUUGGCUGGUAUGAUGGGUAAAGGAUUCCUGGACCGUAGUCGAGGUUUAUAUAGAAAGGAAAUCAAUUGUGUUUUAGAGGAAGAAUCUUCAUACAGUCGCCUUGCUGCUGAAAGAAAUCGAUAUGAAUCUGAUGAGGACUCGGAUUGUAAGUUCCUUUCAGAAUAUGAGUCUGACUAAACCAGAAGGUGUAUGGAUUUUUGCUGAUGUAACGACGUAACAACACCUUGUAAAUUAUGAGAGCUUGUUGAUUGCUACAAUAGCCAUUUUUCAUAUUACAUAACAUUCCGAUAUCCUAAAUACAGUAUAGCAUUUCUUCUUUUUUGUGUAUGUUACUCUUUGCAUUUAGCCUGAGCUCUCCCCAUCUCAAAUGUAUUUACAUUUUCUUUUCAACUA